AUGCCUGAAGUUGUCACCAAAUACAAGACUGCGGCUGAGAUCGUUAACAAGGCUUUGAAGUUGGUGGUCUCAGAAUGUAAACCGAAGGCCAAGAUUGUGGACAUUUGCGAAAAAGGAGAUUCAUACAUUAGAGAGCAAACCGGUAAUGUGUACAAGAAUGUUAAGAGAAAGAUUGAGAGAGGCGUUGCUUUUCCAACCUGCAUAUCUGUAAACAAUACAGUCUGUCAUUUCUCUCCUCUAGCGAGCGAUGAGGCGGUGUUGGAAGGAGGUGAUAUAUUGAAAAUUGAUAUGGCUUGUCAUAUAGAUGGAUUCAUUGCUGCUGUGGCACACACACAUGUGCUUCAGGAUGGCCCAGUUACAGGACGGGCAGCUGAUGUUAUCACAGCUGCAAACACUGCUGCCGAAGUAGCCUUAAGACUUGUAAGGCCGGGAAAGAAGAAUAAGGAUGUAACCGAGGCAAUUCAAAAGGUUGCUGCUGCCUAUGAUUGUAAAAUUGUUGAGGGUGUGCUUAGUCACCAAAUGAAGCAAUUUGUAAUUGAUGGGAACAAAGUUGUGCUUAGUGUAACAAAUCCAGAUUCAAGGGUUGAUGAUGCGGAGUUUGAGGAAAACGAAGUUUAUGCAAUUGAUAUAGUAACAAGCACUGGAGAAGGCAAGCCCAAGCUGUUGGACGAAAAGCAAACCACUAUUUAUAAGAGAGCUGUUGACAAGAGUUAUCACUUGAAGAUGAAAGCAUCUAGAUUUAUUUUCAGUGAAAUAAGCCAAAAAUUUCCAAUCAUGCCAUUCUCUGCUAGGGCUUUGGAAGAGAAAAGAGCUCGCCUGGGUCUAGUGGAAUGUGUGAAUCAUGAGCUCUUGCAGCCAUAUCCUGUUCUGCAUGAAAAGCCGGGUGAUUAUGUUGCACACAUCAAAUUCACAGUCUUGCUAAUGCCAAAUGGAUCGGAUCGAGUCACCUCUUAUCCACUCCAAGAGUUGCAGCCAACGAAAACCAUAGAGGAUCCAGAUAUCAAGGCAUGGCUGGCUUUGGGCACAAAGACAAAGAAGAAAGGUGGUGGGAAAAAGAAGAAAGGUAAGAAGGGGGACAAGGCAGAUGAAUCAGCUGAAGCUGAGCCUAUGGACUCUGCAAAUGGUCAAGAAUGAGUUUAAAAUGAUCUCGUUUCAUUUUUCAACACCCCUUUCAAUUUUGGUACACUGUUCACUGAAUUGUAUCUCUGCUUGGAUAUGAAUUUAGUAUAGUAUUCACUGUUCAGAUAUUAGAUACUAACAGCAAGUUUUCUUAUGCCCAUUAUUGUUGCAUCCCAAA